GCAUCACUCUGCCGCUUGGCGCAGAAGGAUCCAUGUGUUAGUUACCUUUGCCGUUGUUCGUCGAGCCUUGGUUCGCAGUUGCAAAUCCGGCACGGAACUUAAUCCAUGACGAGCUCCAUUUGCAUUCCCUCUUCCUCACCGGUGGCUCCUCCGACCAUCCUCCGCCCUCUUGCAAAGGACCGAACUCAUCUCAUUGUCGAGUAUGUUCAAUUAAGAAGCAGAGGAAGAGGGAUAACACGAUCUCAAGUUAGGGUUUCAUCAGACAAUCAGACAGCCAUCACUGCGCCAGCCAAAUCGUCGUCGUCGUCAUCAUCUGGCGAAGAUAAUCCCGAGUCCUCCCCAGUUUCUGGGGAUUCCGCUUCAGAUGUUGUGAGGAAAUUCUAUGGAAGGAUCAACGCUCACGAUCUGGCCUCCGUGGAGGAUCUCAUUGCUGAAAAUUGCGUCUAUGAAGACCUCCUCUUCCCUCGUCCCUUCGUUGGCCGCAAGAUACAAGCACCUUGUAUGUGUGGAAGGAACAGUCAGUCUGCAGUUUAUUUUGAAACCAAGCUUCCCUCCUGCAAUACUAGAAUUUUUUAAGAAGUUCAUUGAUUCUAUCAGCACCGACUUGCAAUUUGUUAUUGAUGAUAUAUCUGACGAGGAUUCCUUGGCAAUUGGGGUAACAUGGCACUUGGAAUGGCAGGGAAAGCCUUUUCCAUUUAGCAAAGGAUGCAGCUUUUAUCGGUUGGAGAUAUCAAAUGGAAAGAGACAAAUAGUUUAUGGGCGAGAUAGUGUGGAGCCUUCUGUUAAGCCUGGGGACACAACUUUGAUUGCUAUAAGGGCAAUCACUCGGCUGCUGCAACAAUUUCCACGGCUAGCAGACUGGCUAUAAAUAAGGCCUGUGAUUCGGUUUUUAGUAAUUUUCCAAUCAAACAGAGAAAAUUUAUCGGUAUAUAAUUGUACAGUAUAACAUCAGAACCUGCACCAACACAAAGAAAGAGGGAAUAAAAAUUCUUCUUUGUUAGCUCUCUACAAUCAUAUGUUAAUGUAUGCCCUCAAUUUGCAGAUUUUUCUCAA